UGGGGCUCAUCCACAUCAAGAGCAUUUCCUCCCCUGGGACCAAUCUUUCGUCCCCUCCAACCUCUGGCAAGAUCUUGACCUGACCUAAGGACUUUUACCAACCAAGCCAAAGACCGGAGAUGGAAGCAGCCAAGGUGCCAGAAGAACCUCAUACCACUAUGGAUGCAAAUGAACACCCCUCUUCGAAGGAUCCUUCUGCUGAAAACUUACAGGAGGAGCACACUAUCUCUGAACAGCCCUUGGAGCCUUCCACUUCCAAGACACCUUUAGAACCCCAGACCUCUGAAGACCUGCCAUCUUCCCAGACUCGUUUGGGGAAAUAUGUCUCUGAGAGUUCCUUGGAUCCAUCUAUCUUUGGAACUUCUACAGAGCCCCCCACGUCUGAGGUCCCACUGGUGCCAUCUGUUUCCCAGGUCUUCUCAGAGACCUAUGGUAAUACAAGCCUUCCAGUAAUCCCUAUUAACCAAGAAGAGCUUAUGGAAAUGGUUAAGACAAGAGAACAGUUUGGUGCUCAGUUGUACCAUCUUUUCCAAUGGGAGAAGAGUGAAGCUCUGAAUGCCAUUCAGACAGGAGUCUACAUUGGCUGGCGCUGCCCCCACUACCUAUGGGACUGUUUCAGGAUUGGUGAAGAAUCUAAGUGCUUUUGUGGACAUCUGUUGAAAGAACACCAGAUCAUCUCAGAUGUGUUUGUGCCCUGCUCUGAGAGUCAGUGCCGCUGUCUCAUGUUUUGCUUCAUACCAUCACGCCCAGAAGAGGUGGGUGAAUUCUGGCUCAAAAGACGGGCUACCUUUGAUCCCAAAGCCUGGAGAGCCCAGUGUCGUUGUAAACAUAACCAUGAAGAGCAUGCAGCCACUGGGACCCAUCCCUGCAAAUAUCGUGGAUGUGGCUGCAAAAGUUUUGAAUCUAAUUUCCUCUGUGCGGCCUGUGACCGGCGCUGGGAAGACCAUGAGACUUUUUUUGAAACGGAGGGGAUCAAGCGACGAAAAAAAAAGGCUCAUGGGUCACAUAGCAGCAGCAGCUGGCACAGGGCUUUCUGA